CCUUUACCUCCUCGGAAAUACAAAAUGUCCCUCUUUUUUUUUAAUUGCCCCAGAGUUGAAUCUUCUGAGCAGCUAACCAGUCAUCAACGCCAAAAGUCAAGAGUGUUUGCAACAAAAGACACAGAGGAGAGGAGAGGAGAGGAGAGGAGAGGAGCUUCAGAUUCCUUGGAUCAAAACCUCUCCAUCCAUCCCAUGAAUCUUAACUAACUGAACAACAACGAUAAAAAAUCCAUUACCACAACUGCCAACGCUGCUCCUCCUCCUCCUCAGUUGUCAGAUAAUCAAAAUGGGAUUCCAGGAAUGAUAAAAUUCUGAUCAUCAAACGGAGGAUAUGUCUCAAUCUGACAUCUCGUACAGGCGUAAAACAAGGCAAUCUGCAAGAAUUAAGCUUCUGUUUGAGCUGCAAAGCUGUGGCUCUUGUGGAUACCCCUUGAAUUUAACAUCUUCCAAUCGAAUCACCUCCAACAUAGGUUCUGGAUACCAGAAAUCUAUAAAGAAUGGUUAUAUCUCCUUCCUUUCUGUUGAUCUUAGUCGAUUCACACAGGUUGAUGAGGUAAACUGUCUUCCUGUGUCUUGGGGUCGUUAUCAUUCAAAAAGUAAACUUCUUUGUCGUAAAUGUGGGGUUCACGUAGGCUAUGGAUAUGGAGAUUCGCCCGCUCUAUGUGGUUUUGACUCUCCCAACUCAUCAAGCUUAGCUUAUAAAAAAUUUACCAUAAAGAUCCGAGCUCUACAGCCUUCAGAAGAGUGCUAACAAAGUCAUCAUGGAAGAACCUUUUAGUUGUCUUCUUACCCCCAUCAUGCACCUGCCCGAUGAUUGCCUGUCUAUUGUUUUUCAGUUGCUUGGCUGUAGUUCUGAUCGUGAAUCAUUUGGUUUGACUUGUCAUUACUGGUUUAACAUUCAAAAAUACACACUGUAGGUCCUUACAAUUUCAUUGUUCGUUGGCCUUCUUCCCCAAUGUUUUCUUCUUUAUCUCAGAGUAGGCUUGUUACUAGCUCCUUCCAACUUCACUGGCUGCUAACCCGCUUCAGCAUUUACAGUAUUUGCCCCCAUCUGGUCGCUCUGAGAUGCCUGAUUCAUGCCUAAGCUUUUCGCAAUCCUAUGCUUUGAAGUUUCUUUCUCUUAACCUGGACUGCCGUUUUGGAAUCACUGACAAUGGACUUUCACUGGUUGCCGCUAGUUGCUCCUGCCUAGAGGUUAUUAGUCUAUAUCAAUCCUAAAUUACCGAUGCUUGGUUACAACUUUAGCUAAUGGUUGUUCAGCCUUGAAGCACGUCAAUCUCUCUUACUGCUCACUUGUUUCUGACUCUGGGAGAACCCGUAUUCAAUCUUGCUGUCAGCUGGAGGCAGUUAACGUAUCUCAUUGCAGCGGAGUAAAUGGUUCUGGGCUUGGAGGGUUUUCGCCAACUUCAACUCAUAUAGAUGCUGAUUCUUUUAAGCUUGAGCCAGAAGGCAUUAUCGGGAUUGUAGGUGGAGGUGGAGGUGGAGUUGAGUAUUUGAACUUGUAUGAAAUGGUGUGUAAGUGGAGACGCAGUGCAGCAAUCGGUGCAGGUUUUGCCACUUGGCUUAAAAUUCUUAACAUUUGGCUGUGCAGGACCGAUGGAGAUGAAGUCUAUUGCGGCAAUAGCAAAGGGAUGCUUGAAGAAUGAAAUUUGGCUGCGUCAUGGGGUCAGGAUUGCAGGACUGCAAUAUAUUGGGAUCUUCUCCAAUAAAUUGGAGAAGCUUCAUUCAAAGAAAAGCUUAUGCGGAAAUUAUUGUUAAUCCACACCCAUUUUAUUGGAUUACAAUAGUAAUUUAAAGUGUAUUAUUUUUUUUUAUAUAAAUUUUUGUUAUUAUUUUUUUAAUAUUUAUUUUUAUCUUUUUUUUUAAUAUUGAUGUAAUUAAAAAUUAAGUUUUGUAAUUUAUUUCUUUUUAUUUUGCUUUUUUACAGGGUUAAAAUGGUUUAUUUGUUUGUUA